AGAUAGCAUGCUUUAUUAUUAUGCAAGAAAGUAGUUUUCAUGUCUCUCCCAUUUUCCCUUUUUUGGAGCAUGGAUCCUCCUAGGAAACCCAUGGGAUUGUCCGCCUCAAGUUUAGAUUACGAGUGUGGAAAGGAAGAUACCUGUAGGAUCAUGGGGACCUUCCUUCUUGGGUACUUUAUCAUCAUGAUGGUCAUUAUGGUCUUCUUUCGGGCUUCUGAAUGGAUGUCCAAGAAAGGAAAAAAUAAGGAGCUAUCAACAGAUAGUGAGAAAAGCAAUACCAUAAAUAAAGCUUUCAGAGACCCCACUUGUAAAUGGCACAGCAAAUUCGGCAUCUUGGACCCUCAGAGGAAAACCCCCAAACACUCCCAGCUUUCUCCUGAAACCGACUCCGAGGUGGCCCUGGUCAACGCUUACCUCGGAAGACGACGAGCCAGGCUGUUAUCUCAGUGGGUCCUGCACCAAGAGAUCACAAAUGACAAUAACUCGAUAGCCUUGGCCAACGAGGAUUCAGUCUCUCAAGCAUCUUCGUGGAAGGAGAGCGAGUCGGAGGGUCGCCCGACCCCAGCCGGCCUCCGUCAGAGGAAGAUAGCAAUGAGGCAACAGAACCUGGGGAGCUGCCAAAUUAGAGAACGACCCUGCCUCCAGUGCAAAGCCCAGAGGACCAGGGAGUGGCUAGUUCGUCACUUCUUCCAGCCCGAGCAGGCUCCUCCAGGGAACGGGGAAACCUUCGGGAGAGAACUCGUAAAUGUGGAUUAGCAGGCCGACCGCUAUCUUCUGAACCCAGCCUGACUUCAGUUGGGUUUCCAAGACAAACGAAUGAGAUGAAUA